AUGUACUCUCUUAGUGAAAUGCACUUGCAAAUCAGAGUCGAUGUCGACACCUUUAAAAAAUCAAGGGAUCGUUCACUGAGCUGGUAUUACGGGAAUUUGCCAGAGACGAUAAUAUCAAGUGAUCAUCGAAAAAUCUUGAGGGAAAGAAAAAUCAUUGCAGAUCACUUCUACAUCAGCUUAGAUAUUUCUGGUGUAGUCAUUCAAAUUGCUGAAACUGAAGGUCAGAUUAAGAAGGUCAAGCUCGUUGACAAGGGGGUAUACAUAGCGGCUAAGCUGGGUUCUCUUCGUCCAUUAGAGUUGGACAAAGCCCGAACGUUGUGUGAACGUUUGCUCACUAUCAAGUCAACUAAAAGGGACGUUAAGGACACCAUCAGUUGUGUAGACUAUUGCAAGAAAAAACUGAGUAUACUAUUGUGCUUCAUGACCUCUGCUAUGCUUUGUCUGCUGAAAAUUAUUUGGUUGACGAUGAUCUUCAAAGCAGACGAAGCAAAAGGAUUAGGUCGAGAGAGGUUUGUACAAAUUAAGGAAGGUGGCUGGAGAUGUGCAGUACUAACAUAUAUUACACAAGGUUUUCCCUCUGAAGGGGGUAAAAUACUCUCCGGAUUCGACAAAUUGACAGCCUCCAUGAUCAAAUUGAAGGCUCAUGAUGUUUAUAUGGGCCAUAAAUAUUUCGAUCUUGAUAGCAUAAGCAAGGCGACAGUAAGCAAUGGGUUCAAUUCUAUUUUGGACCUGACUGAUGACCGGAUCACUCGAACUCGCAAAAAUCCAUACUUACUCAAGCACAAUGGGACCAGCUGCAUGCCUUGUAUGACAAAAGGUUGCACUGGAAACCCAUAA